AGCAUGAAGCACCUGUCAUGAUGUCUUGCUAUGUGCCUCAAUAGAAAAUUGGUUUCAGAGAGGGUGGCACGCCUGAAUCGCGUAAAACCUUGUCCUGUCAUCCACUAAAAUGCCUGCCAUUUUAAGCCUCCUAGGGCCGAUGACUUGGUUCCAACCCCCAAUUCCCCAAACACUUGACGGGGGCAUUUCCUUCUAGAGCUUCAUGGCCAGGGUAUAUGCACAGCAAAACACUCAUCACAACGGCUGCUAGCGAGUAGAGACUAUAUAUCGAUUCUGUGCGAGGACAUUAGCUAUGGGCAGAUUCAAGGGUCGAAGCUCAGUAGCAUGCACAGUCUGCCACUCUCAGAAGCUAAAGUGCGAUGGUGCUCAUCCAUGUGGACGCUGCGCUCGUCGCCAAAGAGAAUGCGUGUACCCUGUAAAGACUACAUACGUGACUGUACCGGAAGCCUACCUACGGGAUCUUGAGAGAGCAGCUGCAGGUUCUCAACCGUCCUCCUCUUUAACACCAAGCUUGACAGACGAUGUACCUGAGUAUUCAGGGCAAUCGCAGAGCCCAUCGGAUCCGGGUACAUCGACUAGCGGUAGAGUCGCAGCUCGGGCCCUCAUAUCAGAUGAUUGCAGUGCCGAACGAUUUGUCUAUGACCUCCGGCAGAUGGCGUUGCCAGAAAGUCCGGAGGGGUUUCAGCAACAAGGCGGAUACUCAUACGCAGUGCUCAAAUCCGAUUUGAUAGAGCCGAGAAUAUUGAUAAAGCUCCCUUCAGCGCCGCUAGCUAUUAAGUUACUCGACACCUUCGAGGAGAUAUUUUGCGACCACCAUUGGUUUCUUCGAAGAGACUUCAGGGAACGAGUUCGGCUACUAUUCAAAGACCCCAAGACGCAAUCACAAGACAGAAGCUGGCUUUCAAGGGCAUCUCUUGUUUUUGCCUUGGCUACAACGUUCAUGUAUGGAUCACAGCCUUCUGGCGAGCCUAUAACGGAGCAGUCUGAAACCCCGACACCUCCCGGAUCAGACUUGUUCGAACAAGCUGUUGCUUUACUAAAUGUGUCAUCGGAAGAGCCUACAACCGAGGAUGUUGAGGCAUUGAAUCUGAUGGCGUUCUACUGCUACUCCUUGAAUCGUCGUAGAAUGGCCUACAAAUACGCGACGCAGAGCUUAGCAGUAGCCAAACUCUUGUUUCUCGACAGGACCCCAAGCCUAUCAGCCUUUGGGCAAGAGGUUAUCCUCGAGCACCGAAAGCGUUUAUGGUGGACGUCCUUUUGCAUGGAGAGAAUGGUCGUAGCAGAGCUGGGACUGGCCCCAGCGCACGUCGCGAAUAAGUUCGACGUCGGGCUUCCUUCUUCACGAGACAUACCUGAAUCAGAAAUGGAUCAGUUUUUCGAUCCAAGUGUUCAGACACUGCAGACACAGAUAUGCGAGAUCAAGUGCCAGAUAAUGGAAUCUGUCGGUCACUUACGACGGGUCUCGGACCUAGAAACUAUGUUGUUCGAGCUAUGGCCGUGUUUCGAUACACUGCGGUCUUGGAAGGAGAAGGUGCCUUCAUAUAUCUCUUUUGAUUUCAAAAGUGGUGUGCCAGAGGAAAUGAGCCAGCGAUCAUGCGCUCGCGGACUUGCAUCGCUAUACUUGAGAUAUCACCAGUGUUUCACGGUACUACUUCGACCUUUCUUCUCCAAGAAACUGUCUCUCAGGUUACAGGGAGUUGAUUCUGAUCAUCUCAAAUCGAGGUUAAAUGCAACAAUGCGCCAGCGAAUUCAGGUACUGGCCAAAGAAGGCCACGAUGCAGCAAGGAAUAACUGCAAGAUACUCAUAGAUCUCUUUAACCGCGGUAAACAUGCACGCUUCGGAUAUUGGGACUCAGUGCAUGCUUUCAGUAGCCUCUCCAUCAUAUCUAUUGCAAAAGCUGUUGCUCCCGAACUUGCCGAAACCUCCGAGCUUAAUGACGAGCACCUCUAUACUCAAUGUCGCCUCAUUUUGAAGGAAAUGGCUGAAGCAGGAAACCCUGCUGCAAGGGACCACAACGCCCUACUAGCCGACUUGGACAGUAUCGUUCAGAUGCUCACAACCAACGAAGAUGCCGGACCGAUAGAAAGGCCAACAGAAUUUGAGGUUCCAUCAUUAGAGUUCUGCGAGAGCUUAUGGUCUGAUGUUGAUUGGGUCGAGUUUUUAAAUAAUUGCUCUCAGUGGGCAUAAAAUAAGAGAAGCAAUUCGUCAGUUUACAUUAUUGAUAUUUAAGAGGGUGUGGUUGUACAUGUUGAAUGACGCCGUGGAUGGUUUCACAACAGAAUAUUUUAUCUGGCAAGCUCGGAUAAGCUAAUAUAUACAAUCUAUAAGAUAAU